AAAAUAAAUCUAGAACAGAAAGCCAUGAGACUGAAGUGGGGUGUUGGUAGAUUGAUAGCUGAUACACCUGUGACACCCCUUGUCUUGCUCAUCCACCAUGUUGGUUUUGAAAAGAUCUUCCCAAAUGAAGGUAUACUGUACCCACGUGUUGGAAAGAAAUCAUCAAUAUACAUAAGUGAACCUAUAGACUUCACUCAGGAAGUAACAUUGCUCAAACAAACCAAGAAAACUCAGGAGGAAAUCAGAAAACAUCUAACAGACACUAUACAAAAUCAGAUGGCUGAUCUGAAACAGGAGGCUGAACUCUUUCAUAACAAAAUUUAUCAUAACAAAGUAGAAUCCUGACCAUAGCUGUCGUUGUUAGUUAUUAUCCAUUAUUGGUUAAGAUAAACAAAUGUGAUAUUUAAAAUAUAUUUUUAGUGGUGCAAAAAUAUACUGAUAUAUUGGUAUAUCAAAAUGCAACUUCUGCUGAGUGAUACAUACUAUGAUACAAAGUCAUUAAACUGUGUUAGUUUCUUAAAUAUUUGACCAAACUAUACAAUCACAUUUUUUUUCCCUUUUUAAAACACUGCAGCCUAGAAAUAACACUUCAAUUUAAAUUGUUUGAUAAAGGCUCACACCAUACCUUAUGUUGCCAUUCUGUGAUUCAAUAUACAAUGUAUGAAUAAUUAACGUAUGAUUAAAACAGUGCACUUAUGUUUACUUUAUUUGUAGAUACUAUAUUAUAUUAUGUAUAUAUCAUGCGAAACUGAACAUACUUAAACUGUUAAUAUUAAAACAACUUUUAUGAUUAUUCCUGAAAUGUUACAAUUUUGCUAUUCCUUAUUGUAACAAUUGUGCUCAAAUUGCAUGUCGUUUAUCUUUGUGUAUUAUUAUGUGAUGAAGAUGAAUCAUUUUAUUGCAUUAAUUAGAAAUGUUAAAGGUAGUUACGGUAACCUCUUACUGUCCAACUUUGGCUGAUGUCAAUUAGUUUCUAGUCAUACAUCAUAAACUGCCGAAAUGUAAGUUCAGAAAACAACUGUUAUGUCAUAGUAUACACAUGGAAGUUAGGGAUCAAAAUAUUUAAUUUUGGUGUGCUUUAUAUUAAGUGUAUAAAAAUUACUCAUUGGCCAAUUGCCUGAACCAUCAUUUUCAUCUGUUGCUUUUUGCCAAUAAGUACAGUUAUAGUGAAAUAGUAUUUUGUAUGGAGGUCAAAAUGCUACAAGUACUUUGUUUACAUUUUGCUUCUUAUAUGACAAAUUAUUUCACAUUUAUCACUAAUUUCUUAAGGAAACAAGCUUCUAGCAAUCUGUUAUACCAUUAUUUAAACAUUAUAAAAUUCAUGUUAGCCCUUUCUAAAGAAGUUAAAAAAAAAUAUUUCUGAAGCAUAAUGUGCCUUUAAAAAUUCGAGGGCUUGGUGUAAAAUGGUUGUAACUCUUUCUUUAUGGCAUAUGAAAUACAAUCCUUUGACACUUCAUCCUUUGAACAUAUGAUCCUAUUUAUCAAAAUAUAAAUGCAAGACUUUAUUAGCAAUUAUGUUUAAAAUAAGAAUAAACAUUAUUAUGCAAUACAAUAUUCACUAAAAAUAACAAGAGAAAUGUUUUGGUGUUACCUGUAUUGAAUUUACUGUCAG